ACUGACUAAAGGAAAAUCCCCUGCCGGUGGCAGUGGCGAUAAAGAGAACAUUAAUGUGCCUAUUCAGGUUGAAAAGCCUGCUACUGUUUCUAAACAGCCUAUGAAAAAAACAGACAAACCUCAAAAAACUGACAAAGAUCCAACAAAGGAGGUGCUCCUUAUUCUGCGUGAGUUAAACUCUAAUGUCGUACAACAAGGGAGGUACACCAGACAGCCCGGAUACACCCAUCUCAGAUUCUGGGACGUUGGAGCGUAAAGGAAAAAUAAAGAAAUCCCUGGAGAGUUGGAUCUCGAAAAGAAGUGACAAGAAAACACUGGAAAAUAAAGGCAUCUAUAAAGAAAACAUGUUUGGAGGUGAGAUUAAACAGAUUUGUGCCAAAGAGAAAUCAAAAGUGCCUACUUUUGUGACGAAGUGUGUGGAGGCCAUUGAGAAACGAGGACUGUAGCAUGAGGGUAUUUACAGAAUUGCCGGCAGCAUGUCACAGAUUCAGAAACUGAGGUGUACUGUGGACCAGGGUGAACAAUAUAACCUUGAUGACCAGAUGUGGGAUGUACACGUGCUCUGUGGAACCCUAAAACUGUUCUUUAGGGAGCUAAAGGACCCCUUGUUCACAUACGCCUUGUUUGAUAAGUUCCUUAAGGGGUUUUUGUCCGAGAAGGCAGCUGAGAGAUUUAAACAGAUCAAGUCUGUCAUGGACGAGCUUCCUAGACACAACUAUGACACCAUCAAGGCCCUCUUCAAACAUUUCUGCAAUGUCAUGGAUUUACAAAAGGAAAACAAGAUGGCUGCUCAUCAACUCGCCAUAGUUUUCGGGCCAACGUUGAUAUGGCCUGACCCGCAAACAACAUCUAUGCAACUGGCCACUAGCUUAGUCUACCAGAGCCAAAUUGUGGAGUUUGUGCUUUUAGAAUACAAGAACAUUUUUAGAUGAAACUGAAAUCGCGAACUAUUAAAAAUCCAUUUUUAGCUCAUCUAUUUUUUGAAAAAAAAUUAUGAGCUAUUGUCAUCACCUUGGCGUCGGCGUUGGCGUUGGCGUCGGCGUCCGGUUAAGUUUUGCGUUUAGGUCCACUUUUCUCAGAAAGUAUCAAUGCUAUUGCAUUCAAACUUGGUACACUUACUUACUAUCAUGAGGGGACUGGGCAGGCAAAGUUAGAUAACUCUGGCGUGCAUUUUGACAGAAUUAUGUGCCCUUUUUAUACUUAAAAAAUUGAAAAUUUUGGUUAAGUUUUGCGUUUAGUUCCACUUUUCUCAGUAAGUAUCAAUGCUAUUGCAUUCAAACUUGGUACACUUACUUACUAUCAUGAGGGGACUGGGCAGGCAAAGUUAGAUAACUCUGGCAUGCAUUUUGACAGAAUUAUGUGCCCUUUUUAUACUUAGAAAAUUGACAAUUUUGGUUAAGUUUUGUGUUUAGGUCCAUUUUAUUCCUUAAGCAUCAAAGCUAUUGCUUUCAUACUUGCAACACUUACUAACUAUCAUAAGGGGACUGUGCAGGCAAAGUAAUGUAACUCUGACUGGCAUUUUGACAGAAUUAUGUGCCCUUUUUAUACUUAGAAAAUUGAAAAUUUGAUUAAGUUUUGUGUUUAGGUCCACUUUAUUCCUACAGUAUCAAAGCUAUUGCUUUCAUACUUGCAAGAUUUAUGAACUAUCAUAAGGGGACCGUGCAGGCAAAGUUAUGUAACUCUGACUGGCAUUUGGACGGAAUUAUGGGCCCUUUAUACUUAGAAAAUUGAAAAUUUGGUUAAGAUUUAUGUUUUGGUCCACUUUACCCCAAAAGUAACAUAGAUAUUGCUUUCAUACUUGGAACACUCACAAACUAUCAUAAGGGUACUGUAAAAGGACAAGUUUUAUAACUCUGGUUGUCAUUGUUACGGAAUUAUGGCCCUUUUUUGACUUAGUAACUUUUAAUAUAUGGUUAAAUUUUGUGUUUCGAUCCACUUUACUUCUUAAGUAUCAAGGCUAUUGCUUUCAAACUUCAAAUACUUACAUGCUAUUAUGAGGUUACUGUACCUGGCAACUUGAAUUUUACUUUGACCUUUGAAUUACCUUGACUCUCAAGGUCAAAUUAUUAAAUUUUGCUAAAAUUGCCAUAACUUCUUUAUUUAUGAUUAGAUUUGAUUGAUACUUUGAUGAAACUACUCUUACCUGACAUACCACAAUAGACU